AAACUUCCCCCCCUAAACUCCUCCCCCUGCUGCAUUUAUGCGUCCCUGGUCUCUCUUGCUCUCCGUCCCACACAAAGACUUCGCCAUCCCCCCCCAUCGGCGCCCAUGAACCUCUUCUUCUCUUUUGAUUCUUCUCUCUCCUCUUCUUCCACAAUUUCUUCGUCUUUGUGGCUGAAAUCCUCAUCGCCGCCAUCCUGGUUGCCCAUACCGCCCAUUCGGUUGUUCUGCUGUUCACAGUAGGCGCCGUUCGGUGCUAAGGCUUCGCCACCCCAGCAUUGUCCCUCUCAUCUCCUCUCUCUAUUCUCGGGCGUUGGAUCAAUUCGUCUCAAUAUCAGUUUUUGGAGUCCGUUGCCUGUAUAUACUCGGAAGAACUUCACCAAAUACCCCGCAUUUAGCUUUUGCUCCCUUCGCGAAUUACACGACUCGGACAUCUGUUCGACUCCGCGGUCACUCCGACCGCCUACAAUAAAUCAACCACCAUAUUGAAGUUGUCCCCUUCUUUCGGUCGUCCUCUGGACGGCCACCCAUUGAGUGAGAAUGUUGAUUGCUGGGGAGAAAUUUGCUUGCGACGCAUGCGUCAGAGGCCACCGUGUAAGCAACUGUCAGCACGCUGACCGCGCCUUACAACAUAUUGCCAAAAAGGGCCGACCCGUCUCGCAGUGCACGCACUGUCGCACUCUCCGCAAGUCUCGCUCCGCUCAUGUGAAGUGUGAUUGUGGAGAGAAGAUCCACACCAAGGCUGCAUGCACGCAUGGGAAGGAGGAUUCCAAGGAUACGUGUUGUUGCGGUCAUGGCGGCCGCUGCGCCUGCGCAUUGAAGAAGGAAUAUCUCGAAGCUGUACCCGAGUCCGAGUCGGAUGAAGGGUCAAUUCCCGAAUCUACAGAGAUUCGCCGUCCUCGUGCCCAUACCGGACAAUCGGAUAGCACUGGCUUGACCGUGCUCGCCAAUGGUCACCACAAGUCCAGUCACAAGCAUACCCACAUGGCACAUAAGAAAUGUGGACACCCAUAUGUCGUACCUCGCCCGCACCCGAUUCAAGGCUCAACCUCGAUAGGACUGGCCAAUCGUUCUGUCGAUAAUCUACCACAUUUGAGCAACGUUGAGGCUCUUCAUGGCGAGUCACACAUCAAGGACUCGAUCGUCAGUGCUCGCCAAGAGGAGAGGAAGAUCAAAUCGGAACAUGGCUCCCCUGUCACGGGUCCGAGCUCCCUCGAGGAAUUAAACAGUCAGCUACCACCACUUGACCUUACCAACGUGGAAAGCUUCCCCGACUUUGGCUUUCCAAUUUCGCUUGACAACUAUGGGCUUCUUCAGGAUAUUGAUCAGCCCAUCUUUUCGGCUGGGCUGAGCACAACGUCCAUCGAUUGGUCUCAUUAUGACGGACUCGACUUCAACAAUGACAGCUUUGCUGCACCAGCCUUUAGUCAAGCCGCAUCCUACACCGGAUUCGAGUUCGGCAGCAUUGAGCAUCCGGCCCUGACAACGACGUCAACGUCUGGGGAGAUCUCCGAAGUCGAAGACGCGGGUCUUUACAUGGAUAUUGGCAACAAUGGCAUGGCCCAGACAGCCAAACACGGCUCAGACUACUCUGAGACCGGCGAGAACGAGCUCUACCGCCUCCCGACCGACUCACCCUACCACAGCGUCCGGAACCAAAUGCUAUCAACUCCCGUGACGUCUAUCGACUUCGACGAGCUCCUCAAGAACGCCGCGGCGAACUCCUAUCUCAACACAAAUCACAGCCUCGCCAUGCCAUUCACAGACAACAAAUAUCUCCCCUCCGCCUUUGACGCGCCCUUUACUCUCCCCGCCGACGAUGACGCCGCCUGGAUGGCCCCCUACAUGCCCAACCAAGGCGCACACCACCCCAACGUCGCGGAACCGCACGACCACCGGGUCUGUGACCAAUAACAAGCGUGGAAGGGCAGCAGGCCUGUCGGGGCAUGCGCCUUAGCGACGACAGCUCACCAUGCUUUCUCCCCCCCGGAGAACCCAUGCGCCUGAGCAAAGACGGCGAGCAGCUAGGAGAGGCUGGAAUUGGGGAUUGGUGAUAUUUGAGUUUUUGGUUUUGGUUUGGUUUUGCUUGAUGUUUUCUUUUUAACGCAUACGCGGCGGAAUGCGAUUCAUGAUUGGAUUUUUAUAUGAUUAUGAGUGGGAGCUAUAGAUUUGCAGUGCUGAUAAUGCAAUUCGUAUUCAGCCCGC